AUGACUAAAUUAUAUUAAAGAUAUGUCCUUUAAUAAGAAAUUAAAUAAAGUUCUAAUGAUCCUCGUUCUAUUGAAGAAAUGAAUAGACAUAUUAAUCAUUUAGAAAAGAGUGCCAUUUAAAUUAAUUCAAGUACAGAAAAAAUGAUGGUUAGAAGAGAAAAAGAAAUUUAUAAAAGAACUAGUGAGAAUUAAUAAUUAAUACAUGAAUUAAAUGAAAUUAGAAAAUAAUGUAAAGAUUAUGAAACAGAAAAAUCAAAUUUAAAAAUUGAAAAUGAUAAAUAUAAAAAAGAAAAUGAAAAAUUUAAAUAAGAAAUUAAAGUCUUAUAAACUAAGCUUGGUAAAAAUAUUGGAGAAGUAUUUAUAUUUUUAAAUAUUUUUAGUAAAAUGUUGAGAUGAUGAACGAAGAUGUAAUGUAAUAAUCAUAGUAACCUAUAUUACCUUAAGCUUUGAAUAUUAAUAAAUAAGGAAGUGCUUAAGCUAGAUUAUAAUCACUCCCAUAAAAGAAUAAUAAAAUGGGUAAGAUUCUAAGAGGUCCCAAUUUCGAUAAAUAAAAAUUAUAACCAUUUGAAUUCCAAAAGAAUGUAGAAUUAUAAAAUUAAUUGCAAAUUGCACUUAAUUAAUUACAAGCCAAUGAAUCAAUGAUAAAAAAUUUUAGAAAAAUUCUAAAAGAAAAAGGUAUUGAGGAUCCUUAUGCUGAUGCAGAAUAAGAACACAGUCAAUUUGGUAGACCUUUAAGCUCUAUUUUUGGUAGUAGAGUUUGA